CUCAGCUCAGAUAAUAGUAACAGCUCCUUUCCUCCCUCUCGAGGUGUCUCUCCCAAAACACACCCCCUCGCCGCAGUCACUGAGCCAAGAACAAGAGCAGCGCGAUGAGAGGAGGAGCGGGGCCCAUGGUGGCGUUCAUCGCCGGCGACCCGCCUCCGGAUGCGGCGGCGGAGGAGGAGGUGGAGGAGAACUCUGGCGGCGAGGAGGAGGAGCAGGAGGACGACGAGCUGGAGCUGGGGCUCUGCCUAGGCUCCAAGAAGCAGCAGCAGCAGCCCCCGUCGCCAGCGCCGUGCCGGAUCCUGACGGCCAGGGACCUGCAGCCGGGGGCCCUGUCUCCGGACUCCUCCGUGUCCUCCUCCUCCCCCGCGGCAGGGGCAGCGGCGGCCAGCAAGAGGGCCAAGGCGGAUACAGCGCCCAACGCCACCACCUCGCCGGGGACGGUCGCUUCUGGCCACCCACAGAGCAGCUUUGGAGUGGUGGGAUGGCCACCCAUAAGAACUUUCAGGAUGAACAGCCUAUUCAACCAGGCCAAAGACAAUGCUUCAGAGGCUGGCACCAAGAAGGCCGCCGAUGAAUCUGACAUGCAGAAAGACAAGGAGGAGAGCGAAAAGAAAGGACGGGUUGUCGGUUGGGUGAAGGUGAACAUGGACGGCGAUAUCAUUGGAAGGAAGGUCGAUCUUAAUGCCCAUCGUUCGUAUAAGACCCUAGCCUCAGCACUUGAGCUAAUGUUCAUGAAACCAUCCAUCAGCCUUUGCACUUCUAGUAGUGCAAAGUCUCUGAAUCUAUUGGACAGCUCAUCGGAAUAUCAGCUCACCUAUGAGGACAGGGAUGGGGACUGGAUGCUUGUCGGAGAUGUUCCAUGGGAGAUGUUUGUAGGUUCAGUGAAGAGGCUCAAGAUCAUGAGGACAUCAGAUGCUAAUGGUCUCGGUCCGCGAUUCCAAGGGGUUCACAGAGCUGCAGCUUCCGCACGAGGUAGAACUUGAGAAGCGCCUACGGCGUUCGGUCUAGAGAGCUAUACCGCUGGUGAAGCUUGAAAUGUGUUUGAUAUCACAUAACAGCAGUCUGUAUCUUUGGCAUAGUUGUGAGAUUACUUGUGUCUAGUGGAAAUAGUAGAAGCGCUGUGAAGGAGCCACGCCACCGUGUUCUAUUCUAUUCUUUUUUCUUGCCCUUCGGUGCCCUCUUUGAGCUCUCUUCUGAUGGCUACGAGCAUCCUCCCCGUCUCUUCUGUCCACAAUGUUUUUAUCUGUGAGGCAUGGUCGCCCAAAGUGUCGGUUUUUCCCCCUUUUGUGCUGUGGCAAUAGUAUUUGUUCUACUUGUUUCAUAUUCAUGUUCA